AUGGUUGCUGAUGCUCUGAGUAGAAGAUCCAUGGGAAGUUUGACCAGGUUGCCCGUGGCCGAGCGUCGAAUAGUUAAGGAAGCCCAACAAAUAGCUAGCCAAGGGGUUCGUCUCGAUGAGAAGUAUGAUGGAAGAGGUGCUCAAUUUACUGCUCAGUUCUGGCAGAGUUUUCAGGAAGGUCUUGGUACCCGAGUGAAUCUAAGUACGGCUUUUCACCCCCAAAAAUACGGUUAUCAGGCAAGUAUCCAAAUGGCCCCAGAGGCCCUAUGUGGGAGAAGGUGUCGUUCUCCUAUGAGAUGGUUUGAGAUAGGUGAAACAAAGCUUAUUGGGCCAACUAUAGUACAAGAUGCCUUGAAGAAGGUGAAGCUAAUUCAAGAACGUGUUAAAAUAGCUCAAAGCCGACAAAAGUCAUACACAGAUAUUAGACACUGCGAUCUUGAGUUCAGAGAAGCUUUACCUCCAAAGUUAUCUGCAGUGCAUCCAGUUUUUCAUGUGUCAAUGCAAAAAUUGUACUUUAAUGACCGGAGUUAUGUAAUUGAUAGGCGGGAGAUAGAGUUUGGUGAUACUAUGUCAUAUGAGGAGGUCUCUGUAGCUAUAAUAGAUAGGCAAGUUCGUAGGCUUCAAACCAAAAAUGUUGCUUCGGUAAAAGUAAUGUGGAGCAACCAUUCAGCUCAGGAAGCUACGUGGGAGCCAGAAGAAGCCAUAAGAGAAAAAUAUCCUUAUUUGUUCGAGAUUUCAGGUACAUAG